CGAAAGGAACGUUUAAAACUAUAUACAGAAGGUUGAUUCUUUGGAUAUUUUGGAAUAGUACUCCAUAUAUGAGGAUCUUUAUCAAUAGUAAAGCAUUUAGUAUUAAAUAUUUGUUCUUUAGAUUCAUCAAUGUCCAUCAUGGGGUUCACAGAGGCAGAACCGGGAUAUUGGUUGCUUGCUGGAGUAAUUGGUCUUCUCACCGCUUGGUUGGUCAAACAUCUGAUAACCAGGCCCAAGAACCUUCCACCAGGCCCCACUGGACUACCUCUCCUGGGUGUAGCGUGGCAAAUCUUCAAGGGUGGGUCGGAUCCUCUUGCUCUCUUCGCAUCAUGGUCCAAGAAGUACGGUGAGAUGGUAUCCUUCUACGUUGGUCCGAAGCCGAUCAUCAUCCUCAACUCCUACCCAGUCAUAUUCGAAGCAUUUCGUCAUCCCGAUCUCCAAGACCGACUCAGCAGCCGACUACUUCAAGAAAUAAUGGGAUUAAAGAACAGCGGAAUUGGUUUUUCUAACGGAGAAGUCUGGAAGGAGCAGCGAAAGUUCACCCACUCUGUAUUCCGGAGUCUUGGUGUUGGUAAGAAGAGCUAUGAGGAUACCGUAUCAGCCGAGAUGACCCAGCUUUCUUCAGUCAUCAAAGAAAAGAAAAGUUCUCCUUUUGACCCCAGCACUCUCUUUAUGCAAGCCGUUUCCAACAUCAUUUGCUCUAUCAUCUUCGGAACACAGUACACAUACGACGACGAAGCAUUCAAGGAAAUUUUGCAUCUCGUGAACUUGAACGUAAAAUUGUCAGGAGGGGGCGGAUCGUUUUUGUUUCUUCCCAUUCCUGGUAUUUCCAAGAUUCCGUUUGGUAAAAUGAAGCUCAUGACAAACACAAUUCGGAGCUUGAACGCCUUCAUCCAGUCUCAGAUUGAGUCUCAUGAAAAGAAUUGGGAUCCAGAAAAUCAGAAGGAUUUCAUCGACCAGUACCUCAAUAAGUUGGAUGAAACCAAGGACACAGUUUCUUCAUUCACCAAACUCAAUUUAACCGGUUGUAUCGCCGAUCUCUUUCUCGCUGGGUCUGACACGACGGCUACUACCCUCAAGUGGUGCAUCCUCUUUAUGAUGGCCUACCCACAGGUUCAGUCACGUGUUCAAGAUGAACUUGAUCACGUGGUUGGCAGAGAACGAAUCCCAAGGCUGGAUGAUAUCAAAGAUCUUCCCUACACCAAUGCCGUUAUCUUAGAGGUCCAACGGAAGGGUGUGGUUGUCCCACUAGGUGUGCCCCACGUGGCUGCUGCGGAUACCACCAUACGAGGCUACACCAUACCGAAGGGCGCCGUCAUUGUGUCCAACAUUUCCGAGGUGCUGAACAGCGAGGAGCUUUGGAAAGACUCUGGGGCCUUCAAACCUGAGAGGUUUCUGACCGCAGAUGGAGAGCUUAUCAAGAGAGAUGAACUCAUCUUUUUCAGCAGUGGUAAGACAAGUUUAUUGGCAGUUAUUCGCCUUGUGAUGAAUAUUAAGAAACACAUCAUUUAUCCUUUCGAACAAAAGACCAAUAUAACCUGCUUUCUCAAACUUUUGAUAAUGUAAAAUUGAGCCCAGUGAUCAACUGGAAUGUUCCAUUUUGACAUCAAAAUGAGAAAAUUACGAACAUAAUGGCUGAAACUUCUAAAUGCAAGAAAUGGAGAGA